AAUUCAUACAAGCUCAUUUCCUGAACGGUGUUUGGCCUUAUGAAGCAAACAGCCUAGUCUACGCUGUGGCCGUGUCGAAACCAGAUGUAUGACUGGAAAUAUUUGCCUGCAUACCGCUUAUUUGUGAUGAAUUACAGCUACCGGAAUGGGGGCUUGGGACUGAAUAGCUUAAGAUAAAAUAAUGUAACUGAAACUAUGCAGUGUGUUCUCACCCAACCAUAGCUGACUAAACAACGUAAUGUUCAUUGAAAUGAGUGUCAAAAACAAUACACUUAUGCCAAGGUUUAUUGUGUUGUGUAGUAAAAACGAGACUCGUGUUUGGUUUUUCGGGCAGGGUUGGGUAUAUCCAGAAGCCUGUACCAGUGCUUUUUCUUUGAUAGCCAUGAUGCAACUAUCUGGGAAUAUCUGUACUAGCUGUGUCCUUGGGUACCUUAUUCUUCACAUCAUUUUCUAAAUGAGCUGUUUUUUUUCAUUUGGUAUAAACAAACAUUUAUCGGCCCACACGUUGAGGCUUGACUGCGAUUUAAAUUUUCCAUUUGCAUACUGACUGUUUUAUAGCGAGAGGCAAGUGAUAGCUGAUGUUUGGAGUAUGCGUCGCGUGCAUCCAAUGACUGAACUAUCCGUCGCUAAUUGGGUGGGGAUGCAUGUAAGAUUCCCAUAUGGUCAGGGUUUACGUGUAGGUUGUGUGUGUCCUUCCGGAGCUGGCCAGUCUCUGCUCGCGAAAGGUUUCGAAGCUGUUGUGCUUUUAUUAGGCUGCGCAUAGUCACUGCUUCAUUGGGAUUCCAUUUUUUUAAUGAAAGGCAAACGCUAUCUAAUGACUGAGCAAUUGAAUUCAGUGUAAUCAAGACUCGUCGACUGUUGUUCAGCGGGGAUUGGUAGUAUGGUAUGACGAUUGUGGUUUGGGCUGCUCACUGUUGACUGGCCCAGUCGUCUGGCAUUUACAGAUAUUUUAUUCUUUUGUAGUUAAACAAUUGAUUGUAUCCCUUCAUGGAAAUAUAAUAAGGAUAGUUCCUUUUUCUCUGGACCCGUUUUGCGAAAAGAUGAGGAGCUCCCGCGUACGCGUGAAUACUGAGGAUGCGAAGCGGCUUCUCCGCAGGCCUCUGAAGAUGAGCGUGACGUCAUGGUUUCUGGUCAGCAGCUCGGCCACCCGCCACCGGCUCCCUCGGGAAAUGAUCUUCGUGGGCCGGGAGGACUGCGAGCUCAUGCUGCAGUCCCGCAGUGUGGACAAGCAACACGCCGUCAUCAACUAUGACCCGGCCACCGACGAACACCUGGUCAAGGACCUGGGCAGCCUGAACGGGACGUUUGUGAAUGAUCUGAGGAUCCCGGAUCAGACCUAUGUCACCCUCAAGCUCUCGGACGUCAUCCGCUUUGGAUACGAUUCCCAUGUGUACACGUUGGAGAGGAGUCAACAUCACGUGCCGGAGGAGGCUCUCAAGCAUGAGAAGUACACCAGCCACCUGCACAUGGGUCUGAAGCCGCCGGAGGGGAAGAGGCCGGACCCUCCAGACGGGGCCUCGGACUCCUCCCGCUCCCGACAGGAGAAGUCUGACCGCAGGGCUGCGACCGAGACCUCCGUCUCCAGGCCCACUCCUCUGUACGGCCAGCCCUCGUGGUGGGGGGAGGACGACGCCGGGAACAAGAGCCGGCACGGCGAGGGACGCAGGCCGGACGAGGGUCACCCAGAAAGCCCGAAGGAGGGUUCCGCACUCGAUUCGGAGAUGGGCGGCCCCCUGUCUGACUACAGGGCCUCCCAGGGGAAGUCCAUCUACUCUUAUGGUCGGGAGCCCAGCUAUUUCGAGAUCCCCACCAAGGAGGUCCAAGCACGCCCCGCGUCCCCUGACACCGAGGUCCAGGAGAUCCCCACCAAGGACACUGACGCCCCGCCCCCCGUCCUCCCCUCGCCUACGCCCGCCCUGACCACGCCCACUCCCCCCGUCAUGCAGAGCCACGCCUCCUUCACCAUCGAGUUCGACGACUGCAGGCCGGGCAGGAUCAAGAUCAAGGAUCACGUGACCAAGUUCUCCUCGCGACAGCACAAGCCUCCCGGCCGGCUGCAGGCCACCACGCCCACCGAGGUGAUGUCAGCGGAGAGCAAGGUGGCAGAUUGGCUGGUGCACAGCGACAUGAGCAUGAUGAGGAAGAGAGUGCCGUGCGAGGAUGUGUGUAGCACCAAGAGUGACCUGGCCAUGAACAUCAAGACUCUCAAAGGUCAUCACCAUGACGAUGGAACCCAGAGUGAUUCCGAGGACCCUGUCCUGAAGGGGAAGCGGAGCAAAUCACAGCAGCCAGAAGUGCCGCCUCAGCCCGCCCCUCCCCACAAACCGGCCCUGGCCCUGGCCCGGGCGCUGUCGCCGCGGCAACUGACUCCGCCCACUCCCCCUGCCCUGGAGGAGGCCCCCUGCCGCUCGCCGCCCGGGUCCGCCUCGCCCCCCCAGAGCCUGGGCAAGCCCCCCGCGCCCGAGCCCCACACCCAGCAGGCCUUCGUCAUCGAGUUUUUCGACGACAACCCGCGCAAGAAGCGCUCGCAGUCCUUCACCCACACCUCCGCCCACGCCCACGCCGUCACGUACUCCGCCCUCAAGGCCAAGCUGGAGAGGAGGAAGGGGGCCGCGCCCACCGCACCCGGGCAGAUCCCGCCCACCCAGCAGGUCACCGUCCCGCUGAAGGGCCAGGGCCACGGGGGGCCCCAGAGGGCCAGCUCCCUGCACCGCGAGAAGGCGGACGAGCGGGCGGAGUCCUCCGGCGUCACCGUGAAGCCGUUCGGCAGCCUGGGCAAGAACUCCAAGCUGUCCCGGGAGUUCGCCGCCGAGUUCCUCAAGGAGACGAGCCUCGCCGUCGACCCGGCGCGAGACAAGACCCCCUCCCCCUCCUUCCCCUCGCCCCCCGCGUCCGCCCCCCCCACGGUGACGUACGCUCCCGCCAUCCCCUCCCCGCUCGGGCCCCCUCCCCGUCCCCGUCCCCCUCCCGCUCCCCGUCCCAGCCCCCGGUCCACCCCCACCCUGCCGCCCGCACCCCCGCCGACCGCCUCCCCCGUCCAAGCCCCCGCCCCGGCCCCGGCCCCUGCUCCCGCCCCGCCCCUUCCGCAGCCCGCGCCCCUGGGCGUGGCCCGCAGCGUGGACCCCAAGACCUCGAAAGCGGUGAGGGGCGAGGAGGAGGACAGCCUGAGCGACGCCGGGACCUACACCAUCGAGACCGAGUCCCAGGACAAGGAGGUGGAGGAGGCGAGGAACAUGAUCGACCAGGUUUUUGGGGUUCUCGACUCUCCCGAGUACACCGGCGUUUCCGCGGCAACCUAUCGGCCCGUAAUUAAAGAGAGGGACAACCGGGGAAGCCCACGACAUGGCAAGCUCGGCCCGCUGGAUCCGAAGGCGGCAGCAGCAGCAGCACAGGGCUUCAACGCCUCUGUUCUCAGUGGCGCCCCCACUGGCCCACUACAGGUGGAGCCCCCCUGCGCAGCUGCUCUUGGGGGCACCAGGUGGGUGUCUCAGUGGGCCAGCCUAGCAGACAGCUACAGCGGUUCGGGGCCCCCCACAGGGCUAUCAGACACCCCACCUCAAGUUGAGUCUGCAGAUGGAGAUGGGAGAUUUGUGGAUCAGGACAUGCCAGGUUCACAUGCAGGGGAGCCUGGUUUUGAUGGACCCCAGGGUUUGUCCAGAGCCAGGCGGCUGCUCCCACAGGUGCCCCCGUCAGAGAGGGCUGAAGGCGCUGUCCCCGACAUCCUGAUCCAGCCUGAGCCCUACAGGGGCCACCAGGCCGCGGAGAGGGGGCCGGGCCCCCUCCGACAGCUUGAGGCGGGGGACAACCUGCCCGUUCAGGAAGACCUGGAGCCGGACAGCCUGAGCGACACCAGCAGGUCAGAAGAUGUCCCAGGGGCGAGGAGGAGAGGGAGGAGCCGGGAGCUGCUGACGGAAGGACGAACUGAGCUGGAGGGGAGGGGCCUCCAGGAUGGGGCAGAGGAAGGGGCGGCGCCAGGGGUGAGGUCCACCUCUUUCUACAUCGGGUCCGAGCAGGGCUUCCCCAGACGGGAGUUGGCCCGUAGCCCCGUCCUAUGCCCACCGGAGAGAGAGCAGGACGUCCCACACAAAAUACCCCCAGCCCCCGCCCCUGUCCCUGUACCAAGCAGUCACCCAGUCGCCCACGACCCCCGAAAACUAGUCAAGUCCAAUGUCUCCGCUCCCAAUCUCCAGUCCCGGGACAGAGACCCCGCGCCCGCCAAGGAGCCGUUCAUCAUCAGGCAGGAGAGCUUCACCAAAGACCGGCCCAGCAACGACGUGCAGCUCAACCGCCUCCCCCACAUCUCCAGCCACCCCGGCCUCAUGGACCUGGACCCCUGGGGGCCGGACGGGGACACCAUACCGCCCCUCCCGAGGGUCCCCGGGCGGGGUUCGAGGCAGGGCCACGACGACUCCCUGUCCGGCGACUCGGACGUGGACACGGCGAGCACCAUCAGCCUGGUCAGCAGCAAGAACGCCGCGCCCGCCUCCGCCCCGCCCAGGAAGAGGACGCCGCCGGCCGCCGCCGGCUCGCAGAAGGACAAGUCCACCUCCGGCCCGUCGGCCCGCGAGCAGGCCCGGCAGCCCACGGCCCGCGAGCGGCUGUCCGAGAAGCGGCGCAGCCAGGCCGCCGCCGACGCCGCCGCCGCCGGCAAGGCCGACCCGGGCAAGCGCUUCCAGCUGCGCCGCAGCGCCGGGAACCGCGGCUCGCUGGACCUUUCGGACCACCAGCAGAGCUGGGCGUCGUCCUCCGCCGCCGCCGCCGCCGCCUCCUCCUCCUCCGACCACGAGUCGGGCUCCCGGCCCGGCGCCCGCCGGAAACCCGCCGCGCCACCGCAGAAGGACGACGGCGGGAAGGCGGCGAAGAACGCCGUCCAGCAGGCGCUGAUCCGCUCCAACAGCCUCUCGGCCCCGCGCCCCACCCGGGCCUCCCUGCUGCGCCGCGCCCGACUGGGCGACACCUCGGACAACGAGGGCGGCGACGCGGACCGCGCCUCCCAGGGGUCGGACGCGGGCGCGCCGGGGAAGCCGCCGGGCGACGGGAGGAAGCUGUCGCGGCUGGACCUGCUGGCCAUGCCGCGCAAGAGGAGCGGCUCCUUCACCGCCCCCAGCGAACCCGAGCCCGGCGCGGGGAGGGCCGCCGUCUCCGCCCGGAAGCCCGCCGCGCCCGAGCCCAAGCCGGCGCCCGCGGGGCGUCAGCCCAUCAUCCGAGCCCGCUCCAGCAGUGCCAAAUACCCCAGCGCAGCCAGCUCCCGGCGUCGGCCGGACUACACCUCCACGUCGGAGGAGGAGUACGAGGCCAGCUCCGCCUCCGCUAAACACAAACGCCCCCACGCUUCUGCAGCCAAUCAUACGGCAGGCUCCCAGAGGCCCGUCGCCGCCCCUGCUCCCGCCCCGCCCAAACCCGCCCACCGCCGGACGGAACAGGAGGAGGAGGAGGAGGAGCCAGACCCGGAGGCCGACCCCUACCAGCACUGGUCCACGCACAGCGCUGAGAUUGCAAGGCUCAGUCAGGAUCUGGCCAAAGACCUGGCCAUUCUGGCUCGGGAGAUCCAUGACGUGGCAGGCGAAGGAGACUCGCCAAGCGGCUCAACUGCGGGAGCAAACCCCUCAACCAGCACCACAACAAACGCACCGGCCUCCAACGUGUCCACCCGAGAGGAGAGGACAUGCCCGCCCUCGCGAGUCAUCACCUCACCUCAGGUCAUUUUGGACAAUCUCAUGCUGAAUCCCGUUUCCCAGCUGUCCCAGGCUAUCCGGGAAAACACUGAGCAACUGGCUGAGAAAAUGAAGUCGCUUUUCCAUAACAAGACUGAAGUCUGGGAGGAGAUUGAAGCCAAGAUCAAUGCGGAGAACGAAGUUCCCAUACUCAAAACGUCAAACAAGGAAAUCUCCUCCAUCCUGAAGGAGCUAAGAAGAGUUCAGAAACAACUUGAAGUGAUCAACACCAUCAUCGAACCUGGUGCCAACCCCGAGCUGGCCGCCAGAGCCUCGUCGGCCGCUGGGAAGAGCAAAACCUUCACCAAGGACAGCCGGCCCGUGUCCCAGUCCCGCAGGGUGCCCGGAGGUAGUGCCAGCUCAGCCAGCAAUGCCAACGGGAGAGCCAAGGGCAGCGCGGCGGGGUCCGAGGGGGACAGGUUUGCGGCCUGAGCUGCUGUUCAGACUGCGCCCCCUUGUGGACACAACCCCUCGCGGCCGCUGCAAGGCCAUUUUUGAACGGAUGUUCCAAUGUUUUUCGAAUGUGUUCGGACAUCCCUGCGUAUUUUUUCUGACCUGUUACACGAAGGAAAUUUGACCAAACAAAAUGUAAAAAUCUUCUUGGGGGUGGGUCUUUGAACGUGCUUCAUGGAGUGAAUCGUACAUGAAGUGAUGUCCUAUAUGUGUUGUCUGUUUCGCUGAAAGGCUGUGCUCUUUGUUUUGAGGAAAAAGACUACCAGUGCAGUGCUUUGGGCCACAUUUCCAAGGAGGUGGAAAGCAGGAAGUUGGAGAUGUGCUAUACCUCGGUUUUCAAACUUGAAUUUAGAAAUUCGACUUCAUAAGAGUGCAAUCCACCUUCUCUGUUCAUAAUAUCAACAGAUUUUCUUUGGCCCACUUUAAUGAUUGGGUGUAACAGGUAACAGAAAUCUUUUUUAUUUAUUUAUUUGCAAUUUGAUGUCCAGUUACCGCUGCAGAAUAUGAGAAUACAAUCUCAUUGAGGAUUCAUUCCUGCAUAAAAUGCAUGCCAGCCUUAUAUGCUUUCCUUUCAGUUAGUGUGCAGUCCAGGUCAAAUGCAACCCUUCUAUCUAUCAUAUCUAUGAAAAAAUAGAGUUUUACCCCAAAUUUCGGGUGUAGUAUUCUACAGUGGAUCAUGUGCUCAAAUGCAGACAAAACAGCCAGCAUUGUUGUCUUUUGCGGGCCUGGAUUGUGGAGGGAUGUUUUUUUGGUUUGCAAUAACAAAAAUACCUUAUUGAGGAUUUCCUUUAUUAAGCUACUGAAGCUACUUUCCGAAGGGAUUUUUGUCAGCUGAAUGAAGUUCUGUGCAUAUGAAGAUAAGGUCUACACGAAUGUAUGUAGUUUAUUUAUUGAAUAGUAGAAUGAAUUGUAUGUUGAUGUAGAAUGCUGAAUGUGUUUAGGGAUUGUGGGUGUAAUGCUUUCUGUGGUUCACAAACCUAUACGGUAUAUUGUAGUUCUCAGAUUUAACCAAUCAUGUUUUCUGGAAGGACCUGGCAGCUUGAUGACCUCAGAAAAUAGGAAGUAAAAAUGAUUUUGACAGCAAUGCAAUACAUUUAAGGCUUAUAGCAGUUUAUGGAUGGGAUUCUUGCAAUGUGUGGACAUGGCUUCACAUACAGAUCCGAUGCAGAAACCUUUUUGUUGGUUAUACUGUAAACGUUUCUCCCCCAAAGUACCAGCUACAUGAUUACCUUUGAGACACCUCUGUGUCCGCUUCCUGUAUGAAAAUAAGAGCACUGGUACUUUAUUUUGUCUUGGGACAGCAUAUUAUGCAUUCAGAUUGAAUAAACUGGUCGUGAAUCAUUGUUCUGUUGAAUCACUGGAACUGAGCAUCUAAGCAAACUAGUGCAAUAUGCUGGAUGCACUUACAUCCAUGCUGAAACCUGCCUAUCAAAUAAAUAAGCGAAUGAGAACCUAAGCAGGCACCAAACCGAAUGUGAAGUUCAAUUUAUGCACCAGUAUUUAACAGUAAGAGUUAAACUAUAUCAAUAUGAGUGUUGAGAUGGCUGCACAACAUUGCAUUGGUGUUUUGAUUCAGUGUGUGCUCUAGACAAGGGUGUUUUUUUUGCCUACUGUUUAUUUGCCAACAUUGCAAAGAGAAUGAAUUUUCCUGGGAGAUGAAUUGCCAAAGCACACCUUGCACCUCAUAUAAUUUAAUGAGGGCCCUUUGUGGGCCUGGAAUACACACUGAGUUGCACUGUCCACCUAUCCCAAGAAAGGGCCCCUAGGGUCACCCAAACUGCCCAUUAUAAAUAUAUCAAAAGAAUCCUAAAGGCAAGAUGACUAUUUUGACCAUUGAAGUUAUAGGAAGGGAUUGAUGUAAAACCUUGAUUUGUGUGGCAUAUUGAACGAAUAGUUGCCAUUUAGUCUUUCUUAUUUAUAGUAUGUACAGUAUGUAGCAAUUGGAAGCCUAUUAAUGUAGUAAGUCAGUGAGGAUAACCGCUCUUUUGAGUGUUUAUUUAAAAUUGGUCUGGAACAAGGGUGGAAAGAUCUAGAAGAAUGAAUAUGUGUCACAUUAUUUCUAGACCCUUUGGUUAUAACAAAUAUAUAUUUGUGAAUUGUGCCAUAACAGAAAUUGGGGUCAUUCUGCCGUACAACAUAAAGGCAAACAUACAAAUUUAAAAGGAUAAUCACAUUAAAACUUAAAACUUUGUGUUAAAUCACAGCAAUGUUUGGAAGCAAAUUUAAGAAUUUAGAACGGGAGAUCAGGGUAGAGAAGAAAACUUGUGUUGCACACAAGAACACCUGAGCAUAUCCCAGUAUGCAUGCUGUCCUUAAAACCAUAACGUGCAUUAUAAUUACGCAAAAAUUAAUUUAUUGUAUAUAAAUGAAAUAUCACUCAUCCCUGGCCUGGAUUGUGUAAGAAGUAUUAGACAACUGUGAAGUCUACUAGUUUAGGAAGUUUAAUUUGGAACUCCUGUUUUUGAUUUUAUAUUAUUUAUAUGAUAAACAUAGGUAUACACUAUGUAAAAAUGUACCAUAUGGACCAGGAAAAAACGGUGUUGUAAUAGCAUCACUGGAAUAUUUGAGCGCACAGCCUGCAGGAGGAAGUGAACUGCUGUUUUUGUCCAAAAUCUUAACUUCACCUUUUUCUGGUCUUUUAUGUUUGAAAAGUUGUCUAUCACCUUCUCCAGUCAUAAUAUCAGAAUCACAGGUUUUGGAGUGAGAGUGGUGUUCACUUUUUUGUUCAAAUUUUCUUAUACUUCUUGAAAAUGGUAGUGAAGUCCAUAGUCAGCACAGCCAUUAAAUGUAUACUUCUUUUGUCUUUGGAGGCAGUGAUGAUUUUGACCACUCUGGAUGUGGUUCGUUAAGAUGUCCAGCUUGAAAACAGGGUACAUUUUUUUGCAGUUUCAUGUUCUUUGGUUUCUUCACUCCGUUAAAUGUGCUUUUUGUAGUCAUUCUGCUUGUCGAGUGCUUGAAUUUCCGUCCGGGCUCAAUAUGUUAUUUUAGAAUGUUCUCCGGCAGGCCAAGUGUCGGACCCCACAUCGCAGCGCCCAAAAUCGCGUGCGAUGAGUCGUUGGAGAAACGGCGUCACAGUAGCGCUAAGCCAAAGAGCAACAUUCCGUAGUGUUCGCAACAGCCUUAACGUGAGUAGCUUAGCCGGAAACCCUCAGUUGAUGUCCACCUCAUUCAUAGACCUCCUCUUUCCCAUGAAGCAUCAUACUUGAAGCAGGCAUUCCCUUGUUAUGCCCACACAUGCAUGCUUAAUUUGUCCAUUUAAAGUCAGCAAUGGGGUGCAAGUUGCUUGGGCAAGGGUUUUCAAACUGGGAUGCCGGAAACCAUGGGAAUCCACAAAGGAGUUCCUGGGUGGUUCUCAACAAAAUGGGGAUUAAGUCCCUUUAAAAUAUUUUGUAUGUAUUUCAGUAUUUCAUACAUUUUAUUUUAUAUGUAAUAUGCCUGAUAUGUACUCUCCUGUGUUCAGAGCCGGUCCUAUGAUUUUGGUGGCCCUUAAGAAGAAUGUUGUUGUGGCCCCGAAGUGCUCCAACUGUUUGGGCCAGGGAAGGUUGUGGCCCUAAAGGACUGCAGAGUGUUUUUAUCAGUCCCUGGUUUUGGAACCUGGGCCUCAGAAGCAGAAUGUUACAGGUUAGAGGAGAGGUUCUCCUGCUGUAGGUCUGGUUGACAGAAAUGCAGUAACUGACCAGGAAGUCACUGUCUCUAGCAAUAUAGUGGCUUUACAGAUGACCUGUGCAGUUGUGCGUUUUUCUGGAUAAAGGCCUUUGCUGAGAAAAUGAUCAAUCUAAGUGAAACUAAUGUAAUUUUCCCAUCUUUUCAAAUAUUGAUGUAAACUUUUUUUAAAAACUGUUUUUUUUUUGGGCUCUUUGGAAUUUAAUAUUAAAGAUUAGACCACAAUGCUGAGAGGAAGUUGACACCAAAUGGGUGUGGAGAGUUCUUUGUAGUCACCUGUGCUGUAAUACACUGUUUGUAAAAACAAAAAUAAUUAUCUCUAUGCCCACUUUCUGGCUGCACUGAUAGAGCACCACUGUGUCCUUUUGGUGUCGUGUUGAAACUGUGUUCGCACAGCUAAUGGUAACCAGCCGUUAGUUAGCUUCUCAUUUCACCUGGGAAUGUGAUUGAGGUUGUCAAGACUGUAUGUGAUGAAUGCUGUAGAGAAGUAUAAUUAAAAUGUAAUAAAAAAAAGAAAUAAAAGCAAUGUGAAAAUGUGAAAAAUGUAAAAUAUAUCACGCAGUUUAUUCGGGAUAGACUUGUGGCUUUUUCACCCUAUGUGCACUUUUUUAUUUUUAAAUUAUGCUUUACUGUCAGAAGAGUCUGUAAAAUAAGAUUGAGAAUAAAGAAGAACAAUAUAAGCAUAAACCUAGUGUCUGAAAAUCCGCUUUGGCAUAUGUUAUCUUUAAAGGGGUGGAUUCCUUUUUUGGAGGGAGGAUGAACCAUCGGGAGAAUAUUCAGACAGUAGCUGGCCUCAGAACUGUUCAUCCAUAUGCUUCUUGCUAGCAUCAAGGCUAUGGUGUAGGGUGUCACAGAGAUGAUGGAAGCUUCCGGAAAUGCACACAGUUCCUUCACUGCUGCUGGGUUCUGAGCUCAGCUGCAGCUGUGCUUAUGCGGACUGAUUGGCUGUCACUCCAGUAAUGCAACUGCUGCUGCUAAUGUGAUGUCACUCCCUUUUAUGUUCACAGUUCUGUUUCCUGCUUGUAAGUCAUGUUAAAGCUGUAGACAAAAAGAAUUUUAAAAAUGACACUGUUCUCUACUGGAAGUCUGUACACCUGACCAGUCUGUCUUGUCUGUUACUGUGACUGUGGUUCAGUCAAUACUACAUUGACUGUAUGUUUUAAUGGUUGGCCACCAUGUGACAUGUAAUUAAUUUUCCCAUGUUAUGUUCUUCCAGAGUUGGUUUUAUUUAUUUCUCAUAAUAUGUUUUUUUUUGUAUAUUUCUUGAAUGAAAUUGUGCAGAAAAUAUUUGAUUUUCCAUUUUUAAUUUGUAAUAAAUUGAUUUGGUUAUAUUUGGACAUUGUGGAACAAAAUUUUAUAUGUAAUAUUCUUUGAUCAGUGUUAGAAAUGUAAAUCAAAAUGUGAUUUAAGUGGACAUGUACCAUUUAAAGAAAAGUCACAUAGUGUACAUAUUAACCAGAAAUGGUGGUAACAUAUUUGUUGAUUACUUUGGGCAGCAGGUAUGUUUUUGCUCUCAACAAUAAAUAAAUAAAAAACAUAUAUUCUGCA